AUGAAUGUGCAUCUGCUUCAACAACAACAACAACAACAACAACAACACGAUGAAACUAUCGAGAUUGCUCCAGGAGACAUUCCAGGCUCCAUCUUGGUCGGAAGACCCUUGCUUGUCUUCAUGUCGGUCUUUGUCUCCAUCUGCGUCUUUUUGUUUGGAUACGACCAAGGUUACUUCUCCUCCAUCAUUGUUAAUCCACAUUUCAAACUCGAAUUUAAUGACCCAUCAGCACUUCAAAUAGGUACAGUCGUGGCCAUCUUGGAAAUUGGCGCAUUAUUGACGUCUCUAUCAUUGACGCAUAUUGCAGAGAGGAGAGGUCGCAGAAGAACGACUCGUUUAGGAGCCCUCCUCUUCUCCCUGGGCGGUUUGGUUCAAACAUUUGCAUGGAAUUUGACAAUCUUGGGAUUAGGGAGAUUUGUCUCCGGUAUGGGUGUCGGGCUAUUGAGUGGAACAGCUCCAAUGUACAUGAUUGAAAUCUCUGGUGCUGAUCAACGGGGGUUCUUGGGAUGCGUUCAAUUCACGGGGAACAUUCUUGGUUAUUCCUCCUCCAUUUGGCUAGAUUACGCUUGUAGUUACAUUGAUGGGAACUUGUCCUUUAGAAUCCCAUUGGCCUCUCAGGUCUUCUUUGGAUUGAUCUUAUGGCUAGGCUCUUAUCUUCUAGUGGAAUCUCCAAGAUGGCUAUUGGAACAUGACCAUGAUGAGGAAGGCCUUGUUGUUUUGGCAGAUUUGUUUGCCAAUGGCGAAGUCCAUUCCCCAAUAGCCAUCCAGGAAUUUUCCUCCAUUAAGGAAAAUGUCAUUCUUAAUCGAUUCCAGGGGAAAUUGGACCUUUGGUCUACAGUCAUCACUUACCCUCAUCGGGUAUUUAUUGCUUGUUCGGCUCAAUUCUUUGCCCAAUUUAAUGGUAUCAACGUCAUCUCCUAUUAUGCCCCUCUAGUUUUCGAAAAUGCAGGUUGGGAAGGUAGAGACGCAUUGAAAAUGACAGGCUUGAACUCCAUAAUCUAUCUCAUCUCAACCUUGAUUCCUUGGAAAUUGUCGGAAUCUUGGGGAAGAAAACCGUUGUUGAUCUUUGGCGGUGCAGGAAUGGGCAUCUCACUCAUCCUAAUUUCAAUCACUUCUCUACUCAAACACUCAAAAUUGGUGGUUUUGUUUGUCUCAGUUUAUAACUCCAUGUUUGGCAUAUCUUGGGGACCCAUAGGUUGGUUGAUAGGCCCAGAAGUCUUACCUAAUAAGGCACGCUCAGGUGGCUCCUCACUUGCUACAGCAACUAACUGGAUAUCAAAUUUUAUUGUCGGCCAACUGGCUCCCAUCUUGUUGGAGAAAAUCCAGUGGCGUCUCUACCUUAUUCAUUCCAUCUCUUGCUUCACCUCCAUGUGUGUCGUUUACUUUGUUUAUCCAGAAACUAAGGGCUUAUCGUUGGAAGAAAUGGAGUCGCUUUUUAACGAUGGAACCUCCUCUAUGACCAAGUCUUCAAGAGCUCCUUCAACUGUCGAAUCCGCAACCCUUGGCAUCGAUCCAAUGCAGCCUCCUCAAGAACCUAAUAUUAAUGUUCAGGUACCAAGUCUUAAGUCCAUCCACAAAUUCAAAACAGACGAUUCUCGUAGUAUCAGGAGCUGGGUCGCCUAA